AUGGACAAAUUUAGAAAUGCUUUGGAGGACUGUCUGCUGGCUGAUCUUGGUUUUGUGGGUGAUCCAUUUACUUGGCGGAAUCAAAGUCACUGCAGUGAAAAUUACAUCCGUGAGAGGUUGGAUAGGGCUGUGGCUAGCGCUGAAUGGUGUGGUCGAUUCCCCGACUACCGAGUGAUUAAUGGUGAUCCACGCCACUCUAAUCAUAGGCCAAUUAUUGUGAUCAUGAACAAAGACGAAAGGGAGAGAUGCACUGCUGGUGAUAAAGCUUUCCACUUUGAAGCUAGUUGGGUGCAGGAGGAACAUUGCAAGAUGAUUAUCCAAAAUGCUUGGCACCUGACACUAGAUGCUAGAGGUGGCAACGUGGUGGAUGCGAUUAGAGAGGUGGGUGAGGAGCUAUGGGAUUGGAGCAGGAAUGUGUUGGGUGAUCUGGAGAAAAGAAUAAAGCGGGCGAAGAAGGAUCUGGAGGAAUGUAGACGGAAGGCGAUUAAUUCUCAAAGCGCUGCUCGAGAAGAGAUUCUGAGAUAUAAGCUGGAGAAGCUUGAGGGGCAAAGAGAGCUGUAUUGGCACUAG